UUUUUUCGGAUUGUCUACUUUUCGCAGCAAGACUUGCUUUUUCUAUCACUAGCAGAGUAGGAAAUACUUAAACCAAUUCAAAACAUGCCGAUAAUAGCCAAGCAGACUUUAGGGAAUAGGAAAGAUGUCAAUGGUCAAAUAGCUAAGCAAACACCAACUUGCAAAGUAGGUCAUGGGCUAGGUCGAAGGAUAUCGCUGACAGGCUACAGUCAGAAAGUAAAUAAUUACCAAAACUAUAAGCUUAGAGAGGAGGGUGCAACGACCUGGCUAAAUGGCAAUGGUCCAAACAUUGCCGUACAGAAAAAACACAUCAAGAAUUUGGGCAUAGACGUUAAUAAUUUUUAUGGAGGACCGGUCAUAACAAGUAGGCCGAAACUUUCUACCCAGCGAAGGUUGAGGACUGAAACCAAUGCACCUGAAGGUGAUAUAAAUAAUAUGGUAACGCAGCAAAUAUACUGGGUCGACUAUAAGGUAUCAAAAUUCCACAAAAUAAUGAAUCCCGAGAUUGUUAGACCGAUCGAUAAAUUUACUCUAGACAACUUAAGGAAAUGUCCCCAACGCGUGAGAGAUUCCGGAAAUAGCCGAGUUCAUAAGCGUUACGAAAAAAAGUUAUCGAAACCAAUAAAUAGCACAACGAAUAGAAGAACUGUAGUAAGGAUGUCUGAGGAAAAUGUUGAGUAUGAUACUAUAACACUGUGCGACUUCGGAGAAAUAACACCCAGGAAUUAUCCAGAGGAGACAGACAGCGAAAAAUGGUACAGCUCUGACCCAGACAGCGAUGAUACGAUAAUAGAAAGCAGUCAUAUAGAUGAUAAUAUAUCCACUUCAGAGGAAGAAAACGUUCAAAAUGGAACGGGGUAUGAAUCGGAUAUAUCCCUAGAAGAAACGCUGUUAACAGCAGAGUAUAAUAGGCCAAUAUAUAAUAUAAAACCGGUUGAUAGUGAUAUCUUUACUUUAGAGAAAGGAGAACUUCACAGUCGCAGGAAAAAAGAAGCCGUGAUCCUUUUAGAAGGCGAAAGGCCAUUACUUGCAAAAAAAGUGAUCACUUUAAGUGAUAAGGAAGACAGUGAUAUUUUUACCCCAGAGAAUGAAGACGUUCAAGGUCGAAUGGAGUAUGAAUCGGAAGAAGAACCACAGUGUUCGGAAAAAGAAUUCACAGCGGAGAAUAAAAGGCCAAAAUAUAAUACAAAACCGGUUUAUAGUUAUAUCUUUAUUUCAGAGAAUGGAGAACUUCACAGUCGGAAAAAAGAAGUCGUGAUCCUUCUAGAAGGCGAAGGGCCAUUACUUGUAAAAAAAGUGAUCACUGUAAGUAAUAAGGAAGACAGUGAUAUUUUUACCCCAGAGGAUGAAGACGUUCAAGGUCGAAUGGAGUAUGAGUCGGAAGGAGAACCACAGUGUUCGGAAAAAGAGUUCACAGCGGAGUAUAAAAGGCCAAAAUAUAAUAUAAAACCGGUUUAUAGUGAUAUCUUUACUUCAGAGAAUGGAGAACUUCACAGUAGCAGGAAAAAAGAAGUCGUGAUCCUUUUAGAAGGCAAAGGGACAUUAUUUGCAAAAAGUGUGAUCACUUUAAGUGAUAACGAAGACACUGAUAGUUUUUCCUCAGAGGAAGGAUUUCAAAGCGAAGGACAUGAAGCGAGUGAAUUGACAAUUAACUCUGAAGAAGACGAAUCACUACUUGCGGAAAAUGACUUUAUUCUAGAUAAUAUGAAUCUUAAGAAUGAUGCACAGAAUGGCAAAGGCAUAGAAAUCAUAGAUACUUCAUUACGAGAUGACAAUUCAAAUUGGGAGUUACGACAGCCAUCAAUGAUCACUUUUGAUGUUACUACCAGUUGCUGUGAUGAUUCACAAUUGUGGCAAUUUCUGUUAAGAACCUAUAAGAAGUUGAUGAAUAAUGGCAAGCUUCCGUGGCUGGGUUCUAGACCACGUGCGAGUAUUUUGGAAUUUAAUAGUCCUAGUGAGCGUCACUGUUAUGCAUCAUUUUUGCUAUAUGUCUUUAGUGGAUUGGGGAAUAUUCGUCCAGCCACAUUAGUGAGAAUUGACAUAAGGUAUUCGCCAUAUGCUGAAGAAAACCCUUCACCAUAUUUCGACAAACGGGCUUUUGAUUUGGAACAGGCUCGCUUGGUAAAGCUGAUGAAAAAGGCAAUGGAGGUCGAUAGGAUCAAUCUUAUGAGAGCAAAGCGCGAUAAACUGUUGAUAAAUUAUGUCAAGCGCAUAAGGAUUUUUCUUGCACAUGAGAAGGUUGAAAAUAAAAGGUUUUGUUGUACCAAAAAAAAAAGGCGGUCAAAUUUGAUGAUGCGCAUGAUCCUUCGAAUCCACCCAUUAAUUAUAAUUUGCAGUGUAAUUGUCAUCAGCGCCUCGUUCUUGGUCUACCACGAGCUAUAUUUUGAGCGACCGAAGCCUCUAACGCUUUGGCAGAGCUUUUUGCUAUGUUUUGGUAUAUAAUUUCGCCCUUUACUAAUCGAUAUAUUUGAUAAUUUCAAUAAAAUAUUUUUAUAA